AUGGGACGUGGGAUCAUCGAACCGAUCGAUGACAUCCGCGCCGGCAAUCCUCCCACCAAUUCUGAACUGCUAGGGGCUUUGACGCAAAGCUUCAUCGACAGCGGAUUCGACACGCGGCACAUCAUGCGCGAGAUCUGCCAGUCGAGGACCUAUCAGCAGUCGAUCGCGACCAACAAAUGGAAUGAAGACGACAGCAUCAACUUUUCGCAUGCGACACCACGCCGAUUACCAGCGGAAGUCUUGUUCGAUGCCAUCCACCAAGUGACCGGAAGCAACUACAACUUGCCUCAACUGCCUGCGGGAUUUCGUGCGGCUCAACUUCCUGGAACCGAUGUCACCAUUCCUUUUCUGGACGACUUCGGUAAGCCAGCCCGAGAAAGUUCGUGCGAAUGCGAACGGGCGACAGGGGUGAUGCUCGGUCCGGUCAUGAAGCUGGUCAAUGGCCCGGUAAUCAGCAACGCCAUCGCCGACAAGAAUAACGCCCUGGUUUCGCUUGCCGAUAAAAUCAAAGACGACCGAGCAUUAGUCGACGAACUGUUCCUUCGAUUCCUGGGACGACAUCCUAGCGAAGAGGAGGUUCAACUUGGCAUUGAAUUGAUGAACGAACCGACGCCUGAUUUGGAAGUCGCCCAACAAGCCGUCGACUCUCACCGGCAAGCAUUGAUGACCGCGAUGCCAGAGUGGGAAGCGUCGCUCGGACGAAUCGCCAGCUGGACGCCUCUUUCCAUGACCGAGGGAACCUCGAAAGCAGGCGUGAAAAUCGUCUCGAAAGAGGAUCAAUCGGUACUCGUGACAGGACCGCUCACCAAGGACGAAUACGAAGUGGUCUAUGAAAUCCCAGCUGGGCCGAUCACGGGACUUCGGCUCGAGGCCAUCCCGGAUGAUGCGUUGCCAUCAAAAGGACCCGGCCGAGCUCAGAACGGGAACUUCGUACUCAGCGAACUGAAAGCCCAACUCCGCUUGGCCGACGGCAGCGAAGGACCGGAGAUUUCGUUCAGUCGUUCCGAAGCGACUUUCUCGCAAGAUAACUGGGACGUUCGCGGCGCCGUCGAUGGAAACGUCAGCAGCGGGUGGGCCGUCAGUCCUCGCUUUGGAGAAAAACAUACCGCGUUGUUUGAAACCGAUAGCGACAUCACGAUUCCCAGCGACACCAAGCUGGUGAUUCGCAUGGAUCAGCAAUAUCAGGACGGAAAGCAUCUUUUGGGUCGAUUCCGUUUCUCGAUCACCGCCAGCCAACGGCCGAUCCGGCUAGAAAACAAUCUGCCGGCCGAUAUCCGAGACAUCAUCGCCAAGCCUGCGGAACAACGAACUGCUGAGGAGACGCAAAAGCUUACCUCGAUGUAUCUCUCCGGCGAUUCGCAGCUGCAGGAACUGGAAGCGAAGUUGACGCAGGCACAAGCACUCGACAAAAACC